AUGGAAUAUUCACCUAAGGUCCCAUAUCAACCGAACUAUUACUACUUUCAGUUGCCUCAAUCAUCUCUAGGACAGCCAAUUAUAGUCGGUGCGGUUCAAAAUCAGCCCACACAAUAUAACUUUGGCAAUCAAGUCGAUAUUAUUAACCAACCUGUAUAUUUCGAUCAACAAAAUUUUCCAUGCGCAAGACGGCCGAAGAAAGUCUCUGAUGCGGAAGAAGAGGAAAAACAAAUCUCUACAUUUGUUUUUGUCCUCUUCAUGGUCGGCUUUGUCACAUUCUUCACUUGGGUGUCCGCUUUUGUUCUCUCCAGAAAAUCAAAAGAACUGCUCACACGCUUCGUUGGGAAUGUCUCUUUGUAUCUCUUUUUCUUCACUAUGAUUACUGCAGCACUAGGACUUCUUCUGUUUUUGUUAUAA